AUGACAACGGAGUCUUCUAAAACCACCGAACUGCACCUCCACGUGCCGACUGUGAGUUUUCCAACUGUCCGCACUUUAAAAGCGUCCGGGCUCAGUGGGUUCUGAUCGUGAUGUACUCGUUGUGCGCGUUGUACUGCGUCGUCUACGUGCUGGCCUGCAUUACGAGCAUGAUGCGCCAGAGGCGGGACAUGCGUGAAGAACGCCUCGAAAUGUCCAAGGAGCAGGCGCAGGAGCGCGUCGGCGGUGGCGCUGACGUCAUCGUCGUCGCUCCGCCCACCGAGACGUCGUCGUCCUCCGUCGCCACGCCCACCACCUUCAUGUCCCCUCAUUGCUCUUCUGUCCCACAACUUUCUGGCGUUUAUAUCGUAUGAAUAUUCAAUGUUUUUGGUUGGAGGGGCAUACUUAAUGUCACAAGAGUGGCCCCCUACAGGGAUUAGGGGAAACACAGCUGAUUUAGUGAGCUUUUAGCAAUGAGGUGCUUCUUCUCAUAGAGCGGCACAAUAAUCAAUUAUAUCCCUAUAGGGACCUUUUAGCAAGCUUUAGUGGCCCCUAUAGGAUGCUAAAGUGGUUCCCUAGAGAUGAAUUUUCAAAGGAUGCCCCUAUAUAUCUCAUGGUUCACUUGAGAACUCUUAAAAAUUUUACACCUCUGAACCAAAAAAUCAUCGAUUACAGUAAGGCUCGUGCUAUCCAGGUGAUAAGAGCCGCAGGAUCAAGGUCAUCAGAAAAAACUAACAAGCUCGGAAAUUUCUUCCCGUGCCCUAGGACGCCUUCAUUCGAAAUAUUUAAAAUACGAGAAUUCUAGGCCAUACUACUGGCCCGGAAGGUCAAGCCUUUGGAGGUUCCUGGUGAUGUCCAAACUCGUGGAAUAGUCAAAUCCACUGAUCGCCAUCCCACUUCCAAGAAAAAACGGUUGUAA